AUGCUUGAUGUCUACGAAGAUGGUGUAAUUGGCGGCCUGCAACGUUCACUCUCAUGUUAUCCCAUUGCAAUCCUUGCAUCACUACGCAGUCGAGAUCAGCCGGUUGAAAAUCUGUUCCGGAUUGUGCUCUGUUUCUGCUGUGGACGAACUGCAAAUAGGAUGAGGCAAAGUUCCAUCUACAUUUUCACUAUCACCUACACUCUAAGCUCGUGUUUACCGCGCAUAUCCGAUCUUCGCAUAAUUCACGAAUACGCGAUUGUACCGGAAGAAAGAUUUAAGAAAAUCAAAAAUUGUGGAUCAGGAGAAUUAGGAGAAACAUACUUGGGAUGGCUAUUUGAGAACCAAACAAUAGCAGAGCCACGGUGGGAUCGCUACAUCUUCGGAGAUCAUUUGUAUGUGUACGUGCAUUCCACAACUGUUGGGGAGUACACCUGUAAAGCCGUUUCUGCAAGCGAGAAUUAUUUGAAGCAUAUCAUCUAUCAUGUCUUCACAAAACAAUACUAUUCCGAGGCCCUUUUGGUGGGAGGAGAUGACGGUGGUAGGUCAGAAGGCAAGUUAUUUCUGCAGAGUUAUACAUCGAAAUCUCGUAACAUUAUCGGUGCUUAA